AUGACCAGCCAAAAUUGCUCAGUAAACCAUCUCUUACCAGUAGAGCUUUUGCAAAAUAUAUUAGUACAUGUAACCGAUAUUCAAGAUAUCAAACACUAUCGACUUUCAUGCAGACUGUGGCACAGGAUAUCCAGCAAGGUCGCCAAGGCAGAAGUACAUGUUCGACUCAACUGUCGUGCUCGAGCUGUGGCAUUUGUAAACGACUUGGUGCAGUAUUCUUUCAUCGGGCCCCGAGUUGAUAAAGUAUCAAUCACUACAGAGAAAUGUGAUCUACUUGAUCUCAAGAACAUUGCAAGUCUCUGCAUGAAUCUGAAAAAGCUGUAUUUUGGCCACGAUGUGGAUAUGAACAAGUAUCUCAAAAUGUUGUAUAGCAACCAAGUAAAGCUACCCCAUCUCCAAGAUAUUCAAAUACCCAGAUCUACUUGCUUGCAUUAUGGAAUAUUCGCUUUUGGAAUAUAUUCUCGAUUCCACAAAACCCUCGCCAAUUUAGAAUUAUCUGUUAAUCCAACCUUAAAUCAGUUACUCAGAAGAAAUUAUGGUGGUCUCGCAAUGUUUGUCUCCAAUUUUAAGCAGCUAAAGACUUUGCAGCUAAACUACACUCGUCAAAAAGACAUGAAUUCCGUUGAUUUGCAGCCCCUCUUUUCAAAAUACAAUGGAACGUUAAGAAAAAUCAAAAUUGAUGGCAUUGGUGAACUGCUGAUUAAAAGCUCAACCAGCAAGGUACGCCAACAAGAAGAUGGCCUGAUUGAAAUCACCAUAAAGGGGGAUACUCUUGACAUACAAAACCUAACAUUAGCGAUUAAUGCAAUGAAAAGAUCCAACAAUGUUUAUAUCAUCAACAGGCUGGUGAUCUAUCCGUCGUUUAAUGAGCAAUAUGGAAACACAUUUGUGGAAACAGUCCUGGAGGAACUAUCAGAUUACUAUCAGGACCACCGCCAUAUGGUGGACAUGGAUACAACAAACGAUAGUCCAAUGCUAAUAAUAGGCUCGAAAGGCGCAAGUGCAUGUAAAUGGAUCAUGACCCGCACUGAAAAUCACCCCUACCUGCUCAGUUGGCAAAUGAAAGACUGGUCACAGAUCUAA